AUGUCAGGAAUAUACAGCAGAGUUGUAGCCCUUGACCACGGCCUGUGGUCCAAGGCGGCCCACUCUAGUGGUUAUAACUACAGCCGGAACAAGGCGGCCCGCUGUAGUGGUUAUAACUACAGCCGGAACAAGGCGGCCCGCUGUAGUGGUUAUAACUACAGCCGGAACAAGGCGGCCCGCUGUAGUGGUUAUAACUACAGCCGGAACAAGGCGGCCCGCUGUAGUGGUUAUAACUACAGCCGGAACAAGGCGGCCCGCUGUAGUGGUUAUAACUACAGCCGGAACAAGGCGGCCCGCUGUAGUGGUUAUAACUACAGCCGGAACAAGGCGGCCCGCUGUAGUGGUUAUAACUACAGCCGGAACAAGGCGGCCCGCUGUAGUGGUUAUAACUACAGCCGGAACAAGGCGGCCCGCUGUAGUGGUUAUAACUACAGCCGGAACAAGGCGGCCCGCUGUAGUGGUUAUAACUACAGCCGGAACAAGGCGGCCCGCUGUAGUGGUUAUAACUACAGCCGGAACAAGGCGGCCCGCUGUAGUGGUUAUAACUACAGCCGGAACAAGGCGGCCCGCUGUAGUGGUUAUAACUACAGCCGGAACAAGGCGGCCCGCUGUAGUGGUUAUAACUACAGCCGGAACAAGGCGGCCCGCUGUAGUGGUUAUAACUACAGCCGGAACAAGGCGGCCCGCUGUAGUGGUUAUAACUACAGCCGGAACAAGGCGGCCCGCUGUAGUGGUUAUAACUACAGCCGGAACAAGGCGGCCCGCUGUAGUGGUUAUAACUACAGCCGGAACAAGGCGGCCCGCUGUAGUGGUUAUAACUACAGCCGGAACAAGGCGGCCCGCUGUAGUGGUUAUAACUACAGCCGGAACAAGGCGGCCCGCUGUAGUGGUUAUAACUACAGCCGGAACAAGGCGGCCCGCUGUAGUGGUUAUAACUACGGCCGGAAUACACGAGAUGCUGUUAUUACUGUUAAAAGGAAGUGA